AUGUCAAUGGUCGCUUACCGCAUCAUUCCUGACUGGCUGGACGGCUCUCUGCUGUGCGCGCGUCUCUUCCUCAUCUCGGCCCUCCCCGACGGAACCACGCAGCUGCGCCUCCUAGCCGGGCGCGGGCUGGAGGAGCAGCACACUGUGGAGUUACCGGGUGUGCUUGUAUGGGAGACGGCCGAGCGCCAGAGGUUCCACCUGCAAACCCUCCUCCCUGCCGCCCGCCCUGCGUCUCGGGGUAAUUCGGCUGGUUUGUUCGGGUCGUCUGCUCGACUUGCUGCACCGAAUGCUGCCUUCUCUUUCCCCCCUGCGUCUGCAUCUUCUGUUGCUGCUGCCCCGGCCGCAUCUGCUGCUCCUCCUCCUGCUGCUGCUGCUGCUCCUGUUUCCCCUGCUACUGCGGCACGGUUGAACCCGCUGCUGGCGCGGUAUAUGGUAAACGCUCCUUCCAGUUCCAGCAGCACACUUGCUACAGCCGGAGCUGUUGCUGCUGGGAGUGCUGCUGCUGCUGCUGCUGCGGCUGCUGCUGCUGCUGCUGCUGCUGGAAAUGCAACGGGAGCAGCCGAUAACGGGGAACAGCAGCAGCGGCAAGAGGAGCAGCGGCGGCAGCAGGAGGUUGGAGAUGCUCUGUUGGGCCGCCAGUCCAGCUACAGCCGAGUGCCUUUGACCCGUGCAGAGCAGGAGCAGGAGAGGCGGAGGGGGGCGGGGAAGAGGCGGGCGGGUAGCCGGGCAGGUACGGGCGCGGGUAUGGGCGCAGGCAUGGGCGCAGGCAUGGGCGCAGGCAUGGGCGCGGGUAUGGGCGCAGGUAUGGGCGCGGAUGGGAUGGAGGAGGAGGUUCUAGGGGCGGAGGGCGGAGGGGAGGGGACGGAACGGGGAGGCGCGGGGACGGAGGGGCAGGAAGGGUGGAUGAUGGAUGGGGAUGGAUGCGCGGAGGAGCGCGGGGGAGAGAGCACAGGAGAAGGAAGAGGAGGAGAAGGGGGCAGAGGAGGAGAGGGGAGCGGAGGGGGGAGCGGAGGGGGGAGCGGAGGGGGGAGCGGAGGGGGAAAGGGAGGUGCAGGGGCAGCAGAGGAGGUGCCUGCGUGGGCGUAUGGGCUGGAGGGGUUGUGGACGGGCGAGUAUGGGCCGCAUGGCGUGGAGAUUCUGAACGUGCUUGUACAGGGGGGCGAGAUCGUCGCGACUAAAAUCACAGGCGAUCCGAACGUGCCCUGUGGGCAAGUGACAUUUAAAGCCCGCCUGGCCACAGCCCAAGGCCCACCCGACCCAUCAGACCUCCCACCCACCGACGGUCUCCUGCCCCGUGGGCCGGGGGGAGUGCCAGUGCCGCUCACUCCCACUCGCAGCAUCGUCCUCCCCCCUCCUAGCAACGCUGGUGAUGACUCUGCUGGUAGGGGUGACGGCAGCAGCAGGGGCGAGGGCAGCAGCAGAGGGGGAGGGAGCGGUGCUACAGAUGGAAGUGAUACUGUGAUGGGUGAUGGUGGUGGCUGUGAUGGUGGUGAUAUGGAUAGGGCAGCAGAGAGGGAGAGGGAGCGAGCGGAAGAGGGCCGAGUGGCAGACUACAACUUCCGCCGCCCGCAGUGGGUGAACGGUUGUCUGCUAGUGGACUCUGCCGCCCGCAUCACCUUCCUCUGGCAGGACGUGCACUUUGCCAUCCGCUUCCGCCGUCUCGACCUGCCCAAGCUCGUUCACAGCGCUUAG